AUGGCACACGUGCGGGUCUGCGGCGGCCACCUGGAAGCAAACGAGACCCUCCAAUCCAUCUCCUCCCACGCCAAAUUCGGGGACCAGAACUACCCGAACGCCCAAGACUGCGACUGGACGAUCGAGGCUCCCCCCGGCACCAACAUCCGCCUCACCUUCUCCGGCUUCGAACUGGAGGAAGAGCCCGGCUGCGAGUACGACUACGUGGAGGUCUUCGCCGGGUACGACGACUCCAGCGCGUCCUACGGGAAGCACUGCGGUUCCAAGAUUCCGCCAGAGAUCAUGUCGGUGAACGAGGCCCUCCUGAUUCGCUUCCACUCGGACGACACGGUGAACAUGAAGGGCUUCCUUGCCUCCUAUCAGACGGAGGACCCCCCCGAGAAGGAGGAGGUGGAGGCGAAACCGAAGAAGGAGAAAAAGAAGGAAGAAGUCGCGAACACCACGGAGGCCAUCGACGGCUCCGCGGAGUGGUGGAUCGAUUCGUGGCCGAAGAGCGCAGAAAAUUCCGAGACUCCCAUUUUGUUAUCCAUUCGAAACUCCCCAUUUGUUGUUCUUCAAGUCCGCAGUUUUGAGUUCGAGGCCCCGGAGGCCGCCCGAGGACCUCAAGGACGUUUCCAUCCUUCCAUUCCGUGUCGCUUGUGA